ACUUUGUGAAGAUCCGACUGUCAGGCAGCGGUGUAAAGCUCCGGGUGUGUAAGAGCAGUGCGCAAUAGCAACCAUAGCCAGUCUUAUGGUAAGUCACCGACCAUGACGCGCCGGAGCGCCUUUACGCAGGCAGGAUGUACACAGUUUGCGAAUAAUUACACCAACCACAUAAAUAUUUCGGAGAGAAACUAACUAUGUUUUAGUGCUUUCCUGUUGUCAUAUUUUGGAUACAAACACAGGCCUACACAGUGGAAGUGGGUUAAGAGAAGAGAAGCCACGUUCUUCAGAGAAGCAGCGAUGGAGGAAGAGCGGGACUUGAACAGCACAGACAGCAGCGAGGGAGAGAGCGUCUCCCCCUCUCCCAGCUUGCCCUCGCCGCCCCUACUGCCUUUGCAAGUCGCCCAGCAGGCCCACAGAACAACCAACUUUUUCAUCGACAACAUUUUGCGGCCGGACUUCGGCUGCAAGAAGGAGCACGGCCUUGGCCCGCGGGAGAGGGCGCAGACCUCCGGACGGGAACGCGUCCACCCGGUAGUCAGCAGGCCGAGCCUUCCCGGGACGCCGUGCCAGGACUCCAAUUGCAGCAGUGACAGCUCUUCGUCCUCCGCCUCCUCUACCUCUUUGGCGAGUCCCCCAAAGAGUAAAAGCAGCGGCGGAGGAAUCGCAGCCGCCUCUACCGGGAGCAGCGGCAUGAAAGCCGAGGAAAGAACUGGAAGUGGGGCCGGGGAAAACACGUCUUCCUCGCUGGUGGUGCUGAACGGCACCGGGGCGGCAACACCGGAGAGCCAACCGUUGCUCUGGCCUGCCUGGGUCUACUGCACCCGGUACUCGGACAGGCCCUCAUCUGGCCCAAGGACACGGAAACUGAAAAAGUCGAAAAGCGGCAAAGAGGACAAGCGGCCGCGCACGGCCUUCACGGCCGAGCAGCUCCAGAGACUGAAGACGGAGUUCCAGGUGAACCGCUACAUCACGGAGCAGCGGCGGCAGUCCCUGGCCCAGGAGCUCAACCUCAACGAGUCCCAGAUCAAAAUCUGGUUCCAGAACAAACGGGCUAAGAUCAAAAAGGCCAGCGGCUUCAAGAACGGGCUGGCGCUGCAGCUGAUGGCGCAGGGACUGUACAACCAUUCCACCACCACCAUCCAGGAGGACAAGGAGGACAGCGACUGAGGAGCCGCUUUCCUCCCCACACACACACUCUGUACAUUGUAAAUAUAUAUAAUCUCUAAUUUAAUGAUGAGGAUGGGGACGUAGAGCUGAGCGGAUCUUCUCUUGCCAGCAGUUCCUCUUCGUCAUCUCCGUCUUCGAAAAACAGACUCUUGGACUAACCCGCUACUGCAAAACCAAAGAUUUUAUUGGAAAACAGAGCCUGGAUACUUUUAAAAACAAUUAAAGAGAAAACCAUGUAACGUAAUUCUUAAGCUCCGAGUGAGAUGCCCCUCCCCACAGCCGUAAUAAGCCCAGGACGGUGGUUCAGCACGGUGCUGCUGCUGCAUACACCGGCCCUCCAGCAGCUCCCAACACCACUUAAGCCACUUUGACUUUUGUUUCAUUGUUUUUCUACACCCUGCUGACUUCCAAGAACUGUGAUACAGUCAUUUUACACACACACAGUGCCAAAAAGAAACAAUCUAGUAAAGACAGGGGAUGAACAGCCUAUGUAAAGUCACUUCUAACCACGAGAACACACAGUUAAUGCCUCCGGGAUUAUUACAGGAAUAUUAUCCAAAUACCAUAAUGUCGGGUCCUUGGCAUUGUGAACACUGAGGUUAUUAUCUUUAUGGAGUUCUUUUUUUUUAUUGGGUAUUUGAACAAAGGGAGUUUAUGUUAUAAAAUUAAAAAAUAGGCUAUAUGCAAUCUGAAUUGUUGAUGUUGUUUCCAGAUUUGUUUUUAAUGCUAAAUAUCUCCAUUUCAUUUUUAUUUACAUUAAAUAAAUAAAGGAGUCUGCAUUCUGUCACCAUUUCGAGCAUACAGAAAAUCUAAAUAAGAAUAAAUACCAGGGCAAAUAAAACGUGAAAAAUCUAAAUAUUUAGAAUAUAAUAAUAAUUUGCAGGAUUUGGAAACAGUAAUUCUAAUUCCAAAACCCUGCGUGCAGCAUAUAGCCUAUAAUGAUACGGUGCUGUGUAAAAUAUAAAUACACAUAGUCGGAAUCCACCAGUAGAAGCGUUUCAAUUCUUCACACACACA